UUUGUUUUUCAAUUGUUCAAUCAAAUAACUCAAAUUUAGAAUCGUUAGAAGAUUUAUAUAGACUUUAAUAGACUUGCAAUUGUCGUCCACUUUCAUCCACUUUGCUUUUCGUGGUCGAUAAAAUGCCGAUUUCUUUGAAAGUUAUUACGCUUUUCAAUUUUAAAUCGUUUAAAGGCAAAAUAGUAAUCGAUAAUAUCCAGCCUUUUACGGCUAUUAUUGGUCCGAAUGGAUCCGGAAAAUCAAAUAUUAUGGAUGCUAUAAGUUUUGUAUUAGGGGGGAAGUUAAGUGCUUUGCGUGUUAAACAUCUCAAUGAACUUGUACAUGGAGCUUUCAUUGGAAAGCCAGCAAUAGAAGGUGCUUAUGUAACAAUAAUAUUUUUAACGGGAGACCAAAACCAAGAAAAAAGUUAUACAAGAUCAAUACAAGAGAAAGGCAGUCAGUACAAAAUAGAUAAUAAGAUUGUUACCAGAGACUUUUAUAUGACUGAAUUGAAAGAAUUUGGUUUGGACAUAAAAGCAGGGAACCUUCUGGUACCUCAGGGCUAUAUACAAUAUUUUGCAACAAUAAACAUGUCAAAAGAAUUGACUAUCAUGUUUGAAGAAAUUAGUGGUUCCAAUGUAUACAAAGCAGAAUAUGAAAGAUUACAAUUAGAACUCUUGGAAGUAAAUCAGGAGAUACAUUUUGCGUAUCAAACAAAAAAACAGCAAUUAAGAAGAAAGAAAUCUGCUAUAAUAGAAAAGACAGAAGCAGAAAAAUAUUUACAGUUCCAAAAACAAUAUAUGGAAGAAAAAUUAAAAUUUCAAUUAAUACAGUUGAUUUUCAUGAAAAAAGUAAUUGAAUCUUUACAAAAUGAGCAAAAAGAAAUCAAAUUAAAUGUAGAUGAGCAUUUGCAGUACAAGGAAACUGAAAUGACUUUAUUAAAACAUACUAAAUUAAAAGUUAAACCAUUAUCUGAUUUAUUGAAUGAAACUGAAGAGAACAUCAUAGAACUUAAAGAUAAUAUUCGAAAAAAGAAGGGAGAAUAUACUAAUGUUAAGAAUCAUAUUGAAUAUUGGCAAAAAAAACGUAACGACGCUCGCACGUCUCUGGAUAGUGCGAUAAAAGCGCUUAAUAAUUAUGACGAAGCUAUCCAAGCAUUAAAAAAUGAAUUUGAUAUAUUAAAAGAAUUAUUAAAAAGAACAGCAUCAUCAAAGAAUGAUAUUGUAGAGCUCCAAGAUUUUCAGGUUAAACGUUAUAUGAUUUUAAAAACUGAAGUUGAGAAUCAAGCAAAAGAUUUUAUAAAUCGUAUAAAUGAUUUGAUGCAUGAUCGACAAACUGAUCAAUAUAAACUUGAUAAUGAAAAUAGAAUUAAAGAGGAAUUGGAAAAUAAAGUAAAAAUUGAAACAAUAAGAAAAGAACACUUCAAAAAGCAAGUUGAAGAUUUACAAAAAGAUAAAUCAAAUUUAAUGGGAAAAAAUGAGGAAAGGCAAAGAUUAGAAAAGGAAAUUAGGGAAACACAGGAGAAAUCUUUAAAAUUAAAAAACGAUAUUGCAAAGAUUUCAGAGAAACUUGCCGAAGCUGAUAUAAAUAAUGACAUUAUUUCACAGCAGAACAAGAAAGCUGAAAUAAUAAAAAAUUUAAAAGAAUCUUUUCCUGGCGUGUACGAUCGCUUAGUUAAUCUUUGCAAGCCUAUUCAUUCUCGUUAUAAUGUUGCGGUAACUAAAAUUUUUGGUGGAAAUAUGGAUGCCAUUGUCGUUGAUACUGGACAUACAGCAAGGCAAUGCAUUGGUUUUUUAAAGCAGCACAAAAUAGGCGUUGAAAGAUUCUUACCGCUUGAUUCAAUAAAAGUGAAACCUAUAAAUGAUAGAUUACGUAGUGCACUAGAACAGACAAAUAGUAAAUUGUUAUAUGAUGUACUGAAGUUAUCAUUUAUGGAAAUAGACAAGGCAGUUUUAUAUGUCACUAAAAACACUUUAGUUUGCGAGACUGCUGAAGAUGCAAGAAAAAUGGCAUUUGAAAGUGAUCGCCAUUAUAAUUGUGUUUCAUUAGAUGGAUGUUCUUUUCAUACAAGUGGUAUUAUAUCUGGAGGAUUGACAGCUCUUAUUACAAGAGCAAACCAAUGGGAAAAUAUACAAUCUUUAUCUGUACUGAAAGAACAGAAGAUACAAUUCAAGCAAGAAUUAAUAAAUCUGCCUAACAUUUCUCGUAUGCAAUCUGAUUUUGAUAUAAUUAAUAAAAAUCAACUUACUGUUGAAAUGGAAGUUAUUGAGAAGGAUAUAAAAGACAUUAAGGCAAUAUCGAAAAUUCAACACGAUAUGCAGAAAAAGCAUGAAAAGAUUAAAACCAUAGAGGAAAAUAUUAAUGAAAUUAAAAACAGAAUUUUCGUUGAUUUUUGUAAAGAAGUUAAUGUGCCAAAUAUUACCUAUUAUGAGCAGAAUUUAUGCAUAUAUAAAGAGCAGUUAAACAAGCAAAUGGAAAAUAUAAACCGAAAAAAUUAUAUUGACAAUCAAUUGAAGUUUGAAAAGGAGAAUGAUAAAAGAGCUGAAUUUAAAGAAAAAAUUUCGAGGUGGAAGGACAAAUUAAAGCAAGCUAAUGAAGAAUAUGAAAAAGCAUACAAGCAAGAAAAAAAUAUAAAAACUGCUAUUGAACAGGAAGAAACGAAAAUGUUAGAGUUACAAAACGAUUAUAAAACAAAAAAAAAUUAUUUAGAGGAUGUAAAAGAAAAAUUGGAUCAAUGCAGAUCACGAAUUGGCGUUAUCUCAAAAUUAUAUUUAGAGAAUCAAAAGGCAUACAUGGCUAUACAGAGUAAAAUAGAACAGAAAAAAGCAAAAUGUGAAACUAUACUUAAAGAAUGCAAGCUAGAAGACAUUACUAUUCCAAUAUUAUCAGAGACAAUACAUGAAAACAGUUCAAACUCAAAUUUAAGCCCAGAAUCAUUGAAUGUUUGGGACGUAAUAAUGAAUAUUGAUUUCUCACAAAUUUCCGAACAUAUCCGUAAUAGUACAACAGAUUUGCAAAAUAUUAUUGACCAAUCUAAAAUAAAACUUAUAGAGAUUCAGAAUGAACUUCAAACCUUACAAAAACCUAAUCUUAAGGCUCAUAAAAAAGUCGAUUUGAUAAUACAGCAGAUAAAAGAUAUAAAUAAGAAACAUGAAGAAUUACGCAUAAGAUCUAAUAAUAUAGGCAAACAAUUCGAGAAGGUUAAAACAAAAAGACACAAACUGUUUUCGGAUUGUCUGGAAUGCAUUACUGCAGAAAUAGAUUCUAUAUACAAAAACUUGGCUAAUGACGUGUCGGUUCAAGCAUUCAUUAUACCAGAAAAUCCCGAGGAGCCGUACACAAGCGGUAUAAAUUACAGCUGCAUACCAUCGUCUAAACGCAUUCAGCCAUUACAAUAUCUAUCUGAUGGGGAAAAAUCAAUUGCUAACUUGGCGCUUCUAUUUGCAAUUUUGCGUUAUAAACCAAUACCAUUUUUUAUUAUGGAUGAAGGUGAUGCGGCAUUAGAUAAUGUAAAUAUUAACAAGCUUAUUCGCUUCAUUCGAUCCGAAACGAAUAAUAUGCAAAUUAUCGUGAUAACUUUAAACAAACGUCUGGCUUCUCAUGCCGACAUACUUAUAGGAGUUACCACUCAAAGACGCUCCUCGAUGAGGCCGCAGACUCUAGAGCUGGUCACGGGGCUCCUCGUGGUCCAGCUGCUGCUGCUAUCAGAUCAAGUAAACGCUGUGAGAAAUCGGCCCAGGAAACAACGGUCCAGGUCAGAGCAACCGCAGUCGCAGCAACCUGUUACCGAUUAUAAUUACGAUUACUAUGAGAAUUAUGACGACUACGAAGAAAAGAACGAGACCACAACAUUGUCACCUCCUGUGAUACCAUCAUCAAGCAUACAAGUUUCGGGAUUGUCCACAUCGUCGAUAGAAAGUACAGUGUCUUCGUAUAGACCAGAAAAACCUACAGAUUUGCCAGCUCCAACGACAACUUUAUUUUAUAAUCGUGAGUUAGAGCAGACUAAUGUUACACCUGAAAAGGAUCAUUCAGUUCCGUCCACGGAAAUUUUACCGGGUGAAAGUAACGUGUACAGUUCUGUGGCUAUACCUGGCCUACGAGGUGAACCUGGUCGACCUGGAGAUGUUGGUCGUCCGGGUGAUGCAGGAUAUCCUGGACAACCCGGAAAUCCCGGGAUUCCAGGACCACCUGGUCUUCCAGGAGCUGUACCUGACGUAUCUCUAUAUUAUCAACAAUUGGCUUUGUCUCAAGCGAAUCAAGAUAAAGGCCCAACAGGUGUAGCUGCAUCAUUGUAUGGACCAGAAGCAUAUCCUUAUAUUCAAGCGCAAGUAGGCCCUAUAGGUCCGCGAGGUCCUCCAGGUCCAACCGGUGCUCCAGGUCCUCAAGGUUUCCAAGGUACACGCGGUGAAGCUGGUGAACCAGGAUCUCCAGGUUCUCCUGGUACGCCAGGUCCUCGAGGUUUACCAGGAUUACCUGGAAAAGACGGUACUAGUGGAGAAGAUGGUGAAACCGGUCCGCCAGGAUCACCUGGUACCGUAGGGCCACGUGGUCUUUCAGGUAUGCCUGGACUUCCAGGAAUAAAAGGCCAUCGUGGUUUUCCGGGUCUAGACGGAGCAAAAGGUGAGCAAGGAAUUUCUGGUGAAAAAGGAUCUAUAGGCACACCAGGACCAAUGGGGCCGAUAGGUCCAAUGGGGCCAGCGGGGCCGCGUGGUGAGAGAGGCAGAGAGGGUUCAUCUGGCUCUCCUGGAUUGAGAGGCCUUGAUGGAGUUGUGGGACCGCCCGGGCCACCCGGUGCUGCGGGUAAACUUGGCUCACCAGGUUUUCCAGGCAUUCCUGGACUUAAGGGUGAUCAAGGAUCACCAGGACCGAAAGGAAGUCAGGGUUUGCAAGGUCCGCGAGGCGAAAGUGGCCGUCCAGGACAGCCUGGCGAGACAGGUUCGCAGGGUGCUAAAGGCAAAGAUGGAAGUCCCGGCGAGAAAGGAGAUACCGGAGCGAUAGGAUCGGUUGGUUUGCCUGGACUUCCGGGUGCUUCAGGUCAACCCGGAACAUCGGGCAAUCCUGGUAUUCCUGGAGCCAAAGGAGCAGUUGGCUUUCCUGGUGAAAGGGGUUUUAAAGGCGAUUCUGGCGUGAAAGGUGACACAGGAAUGCCCGGUCCGCGGGGACUUCCGGGACCUCCUGGAAACGAAGGCAAGAGAGGCAAUAGAGGAAUGCGUGGAUCGAUUGGCGCCGCGGGACCUCCUGGAGAACGCGGUGCACCUGGAAUGCGUGGGCUUCCUGGGCCGGAUGGUCCUGUCGGACCUCAUGGACAACCGGGUGAUCGUGGUCCAGCAGGAGCUAUCGGGCCGAAAGGAGCCACUGGGGAUCCCGGACGACCUGGACCGCCAGGGUUACAAGGUUUGCGCGGUUUAAUGGGUAGACCAGGAGCUUCUGGAAAACCGGGCAAUCCUGGCGAACGUGGAAUUCAAGGUGCAGAUGGCAAGCCCGGAGAACAGGGUCCGCUUGGACCGCAAGGUCUAUCAGGACCAUUAGGAGUACCAGGAGAGAGAGGAUAUCCCGGAGAACCUGGAAAAGACGGUGAGCCUGGCAAUCCGGGAUCGCCCGGUCCAAGGGGAGAUACUGGUAAAGAAGGACCUCCAGGAGUACAGGGCCCACCAGGUCCAUUAGGAAACGACGGCGCGCGUGGUUCUCCGGGUUUAGCUGGACCCAGAGGUUUUCAAGGUCUUCCAGGCGCCACCGGUAAUCCAGGUGUUCCAGGCAAGGACGGAGAACCGGGGAUACAAGGACCUCCCGGUCUGCCAGGAUUAGUCGGCAACAGAGGCGAGCGAGGAAUUCCGGGCGAAAGAGGACUUAUGGGACCUCUAGGACCUAUGGGUCCUAGAGGAGAAACCGGAGCUCAAGGCGUUGAUGGUCUUACUGACUUCCUGGCGCAAGAGGAUUAUCCGGAGAACCUGGUCAGAAAGGAGAGAGAGGAGCGUUCGGACCAGUUGGCCCUGAAGGUCCAUCAGGUAAUUCCUACAUUUUAUUUAUGUAAAGUCAUCGAUUUUUUUUACUUAAAUAUUACAGGACACAUUGGAGAACGUGGUUUACAGGGGGAAGUUGGACCUCCCGGCCCUCCCGGGGAACCAGCGGAACGAGGUGAUCCGGGUCCACCUGGUCUCAUUGGCGAACCCGGAGCACCUGGCAAUUCAGGGGAGAGAGGUCUUCAAGGAUUGCAAGGCUCGCCGGGUUUCCCAGGUCAACAAGGAUUAAUCGGACUUCCUGGUCUAAAGGGUGAUCGUGGAUAUCCGGGUUUAAAGGGAGAGCAAGGAAAUCCAGGGCUAUCUGGCAGUCCUGGCGAAGUUGGAUCACCUGGACCUAUUGGACUUACCGGUGCUAAAGGAAUUAGAGGUGAAUCGGGUGCGCGAGGAGAACCUGGUUUAAUGGGGCCACCUGGUAUCGCGGGACAUGUCGGUCCAGCGGGCCUACCAGGAAAUAUAGGAUCACCUGGUGCUCCAGGAUUGCCUGGUGCCAAGGGCAACGCGGGCGAUCCUGGACGUCUUGGAAAUCCAGGUCCGAUCGGUAAUCCUGGUCUACCAGGAGUAGAUGGAAAUAAAGGCGAAAGUGGGUCCCCAGGUUCUCAAGGGCCGGCCGGUCCUCAAGGAUCUCAAGGUCCAUCCGGCGAGAGAGGCUUGCCAGGCUUACCCGGCUCUCCUGGUUCUAUAGGAAAUAGGGGAUUACGCGGGGCGCCUGGUGAAACAGGACAACCUGGAAAACCGGGUGUAGAAGGUCCACCCGGACCUUCCGGAUUAAUAGGACCUCCUGGCCCGCCUGGUCAUAUGGGAGAGGCAGGACCGGAAGGACCAGUUGGAAAAUCAGGACCACCGGGAAUAGGUGGCCGACCUGGUGAUAAGGGACCACCCGGAAUAUCUGGUGCAGCAGGCCAGCCUGGUUCACCCGGAUUACCAGGGCCCCCUGGAUCUACAGGAUCUGCCGGGCCCGCUGGAGAACGUGGUUCGAAAGGCGAAGCGGGACCGCAAGGAGUAGAAGGUCCACAGGGUCCACGAGGAAAACCCGGUCCAACAGGCCUCGAAGGCGCAAAGGGCGAUCGCGGGGAAGAGGGACCGAAAGGGAUAAAAGGACAUCGCGGUUUCAAUGGUUUGCAAGGAUUGCCCGGAUCUCCUGGUUUACCAGGGGAAAAAGGUAUGCCAGGUCUGCCAGGAUUCUCCGGUAAAGAUGGGGAGCCAGGUAUUAGAGGUAGUCCUGGACGGGAAGGCAGCCCAGGGCCUAUUGGGCCUGCAGGGAAUUCUGGAUCAAGAGGUCCACCUGGAGAGGAAGGUCGUCACGGCUCGCCGGGUCUUCCAGGACCCCCCGGACCACCCGGUCCUCCUGGAGAAGUUGGUUUUGGUUACGAUACCGCGUCUUUAGCAGCAUUUUUAGCACAAGGUCAAACUAAAGGACCAGAUCCACUCGGUGAUGAACCACCGAGAAUAUUUAAUAAAGAUAUUACUGAAGAAGAACGAAGAGAAUUGCUUAUGAAAGCAUAUGAAAAACUAAAGUCAUCGUUUCAAAAGUUGGUGAAGCCAGAUGGUGAAAAGAAUUCGCCGGCCAAAACCUGUCGAGAUCUAUUCAUUGCCUACCCGGAUAAAUUAUCCGGCGAAUAUUGGAUUGAUCCAAACGAAGGAGAUGUCCGAGACGCAAUUUUGGUGCAUUGUGAUGCUGAGAAACGUGCAACUUGCAUUUUACCAAGUCCCGCUCGUUCAGCAGAGAUCACUCAUAUCACUGAUCAACAGGAGACCUGGCUGAGCGAGAUAGAUAGCGGCAUGAAGAUUACAUACAAGGCGGAUAACAAUCAAAUCAAUUUCUUGCAAUUGCUCUCAAAACAUGCGCAACAGAAUAUUACGUAUCAUUGUAAAAACAGCGUCGCUUACUUCGAUUAUGAGCGAAAAACGUAUAGAAAGAGUUUAAAGCUUCUAGCUUGGAAUGACGUUGAAUUGACACCACGUGGCAAUCAGCGUCUUAGGUACGAGAUGAUAACAGACGAAUGCAGGCUUCAUAAAAACCAUUGGGGUAAAACUGUGAUUUCAUAUGAGACGGAAAAACCUAUAAGACUUCCUAUCUUAGAUGUGGCUUUGCGGGAUAUCGGAAAACCCGAACAAAGCUUCUCCGUUGAAAUCGGCGCGGCUUGUUAUCAAUAAUACAAAGUACAAUGGUACGAUACGAUAUACGACUGUUAUUUGCUUACGAAUAACUGUGUCAUUUUCCGUUAUAUAAUUCUAAGAAAAUGUCUUCCAAUGUAUCUUAAGGAGAUGAGAUGAUAAUAUAUGUUAAAAUUUCAUUCUUUACAAUAAAAUUAACAAUUAAAUAUUAUACUUAAUCUGCAUAGUGGCCUGUAUUGUAUAUAUCGCAAUUUCUUACUCAAGUUCUCGAAUAGCGGAAGUAAUUUACAAAUACUUAACAAAAUUAUCUGUAAGUGAACUAUAUUAUACCACUUAUAUUCUAAGAAAAAUGCAAAGUUUAAUUGGAAAAAAUUGCGAUAUCUAAAGAGUGAUAUUACUUGAAUAUCAAACAAAUUUUAUCAGAGUGCUUGAAUAUUAUACACGAUCAUUAUCCACGACGAGCAGCGGAUAUCUAUAUAGAUAUCCAGAUGUAUAAAGAUAUUCGCGUAGUAACUUCGGAUUUAGUACUAUAUGCGCAAAGUAUUUUAUGCCAAAGUAUUAUAUUGUAUACGUAAUAAAUAGAUAAGUUUUAUUUACACGACACACACACAUAUAUAUACAUACAAUAUAUCGUGCAGUUAUUUAGGAAAACUAAAAUUGUACGUGUAUAAUUAAAGUUAUCGAUUCAAUAUAUAUUUCAGAAUAAUAUGGAAAUGUUUUGUAGCGCGCAAUUCUUUUGCAUAAAUUUAUAAUGCAUAUACAUUUUAC